AUGUUGUGGUUACCCAAGUUCCUUCAGCUGCUGCUUCUGCUGGAAUUGGGUCAGAGAAGUAGAGGCACAGAAGUGUGCCCUUCAUCCUUGUGUGAUUGCUCUGACUGGGGACACUACAAAAUAACUUGUACAGAGAUCAGUUUCAUCCCUACAUUCCCACAGAGCACACAGACAUUGAGGUUUAUGGAUACAUAUCUGAGAAGAAUUCCUAACGAAGCAUUCUCCAGUCUCCCCAACAUCUCCAGGAUCUAUAUCAGCAUAGAUACAGUGCUGCAGGUGUUGGAGGCUUAUUCUUUCAACAACUUAAACAAAGUCACUCACAUAGAAAUUCGAAAUGCUAAAAAUCUGAGAUACAUAGAUAAUCAAGCCUUUAUGAAUCUCCCACUGCUAAAAUAUCUUGUGAUCUUGAAUACUGGACUUGGUGUUUUUCCUGACCUCACCAAAAUUAAUUCAGUAAAUAUGAACUUUUUGCUUGAAAUUUCUGAUAAUCCAUACCUGAGUUCAUUGCCUUCAAAUGCAUUCCAUGGAUUAUGUAAUGACUCCCUUAUAGUAAAACUCUACAAUAAUGGUUUCACAGUGGUAGAAGCCCAUGCAUUCAAUGGAACUAAGUUAGAUUCUGUGUACCUGCAUAAGAACAAAUAUCUAAAAGUUAUUGAUGAAGAUGCAUUUUUGGGUGUUCAAAGUGGUCCAAGCCUACUUGAUGUCUCCCAGACGUGUAUCACUACACUUCCAGCAAGAGGAUUAGAAAACCUGAAAGAACUGAUGGCUCAAAAUACCUGGACUCUAAAGAAAUUCCCCCCAGUAAAAACUUUUCCUUAUCUAACUUAUGCUGCUCUGUCAUAUCCAAGUCACUGUUGUGCUUUCAAGAACUGGAAGAAAGCUAAGGGAAUCUUGGAGUUUUUGCUGUGCAAUCAAACUAACAAUCUCAGCAUUCGCAAAAGAAGAUCUUCCAGUACCUUCAGGGCUCCCUUUUAUCAAGAUUAUGCAGAAGAUUAUUCAGAUCAUACAGAUGCUGUUUCUGAUGAAAAUUCCAAAUUUAGAGACCUUCAUGGAAAUUCCCAUUAUUAUGUCUUCUUCGAAGAACAUAACAAUAGAGAAGAUGGAUUUAGUCAAGAGCUCAAGAACCCCCAAGAGAAUAUUGCGACUUUUGACAGUCACUAUGACUACAUUAUCUGUGCAGGUAAUGAUGAUAUUAGUUGCACCCCAGGGCCUGAUGAGUUCAACCCCUGUGAGGAUGUAAUGGGGUACAGAUUUUUAAGGAUAGUGGUAUGGUUUGUGAAUUUGCUGGCCAUUGUGGGCAAUGUUUUUGUUCUCUUUAUCUUACUUACUAGCCAUUACAAGUUGACUGUUCCACGGUUCCUGAUGUGUAAUUUGGCCUUUGCUGAUCUUUGUAUGGGAUUAUAUCUUCUCUUGAUUGCUUCAGUGGAUCUUUAUACUAGAUCAGAGUACUAUAACUAUGCCAUUGAUUGGCAAACUGGGCCUGGAUGUAGCACAGCUGGCUUUUUUACUGUCUUUGCUAGUGAGCUAUCAGUCUUUACUCUGACUACAAUCACCCUGGAGCGUUGGUAUGCUAUCACGUUUGCCAUGCGCCUGGAUAAAAAAAUCCGCCUUUGGCAUGCAUCUUUUAUUAUGUUGGGUGGUUGGCUGGUAUGUUUCCUUCUUGCCCUUUUACCAUUGAUUGGAGUCAGUAGUUAUGGAAAAGUUAGCAUCUGUCUUCCCAUGGACACCGAAACACCUUUAGAUCAAGCUUACAUUAUAAUUAUUUUGCUGUUAAACAUUGUUGCUUUCAUAAUCAUUUGUGCUUGCUAUAUUAAAAUUUAUAUUACAGUACAGAAUCCCCAAUACAAGUCAGGGGACAAAGACACAGUCAUUGCAAAAAGGAUGGCUGUGCUAAUUUUUACUGACUUCUUGUGUAUGGCACCAAUCUCAUUCUAUGCCUUAUCUGCUGUCAUAAACAAACCCUUGAUAACAGUCAGUAACUCAAAAAUUCUGCUGGUCUUGUUCUAUCCACUCAACUCUUGUGCUAACCCGUUCCUUUAUGCUAUCUUUACCAAAGCAUUCCGAAGAGAUAUCUUCAUCUUGCUUAGCAAAUUUGGGGUAUGUGAACAUCAGGCUCAACUCUACAGGGGCCAAACAGUCUCCCCCAAGAACAGCAGUGGCUCUGGCAGUCAGAAGGGCAACCGUGGAGUUGUUCAGAAUCUCUCUAGCCAUCAAAGUCACCCUCAUGGUGUACUUGGAAGCGACCGCUCUGCAAUGAUACUGCAUGUUCAAGAAACCAUGGAAGAUAGUAAGCUGACUAUAUUGUAG